UUCAUUUUGAAAGGCAGAAAAACAUGUUUAGCUGUGAUUUUUGACAAUACACUUUACAUUAGAGUGCAUUGACAUUCAACUGGCAACCAAGUCAGGCUAUACCAUUGACGGCUAUGCACAUACCAAAAAAAUGCCACAUGGCAAAAAAAAAUUGCCACAUGCAAAUUUUUUUUGCCACAUGGCUAGAAAAAAAUGCCACAUGCAAAAUCCAUUUUGCCACAUGGCAAAAAAACACUACAUAGCAAAAAAAAAAAAAAAAAAUUUGCCACAUGGCAAAAUUUUUGCAACAUGGCAAAAAAAAAGCCUCAUGACAAAAUUAAUUUUGCCACAUGGCAAAAAAGGCUCAUGGCAAAAUCCAUUUGGCCACAUUGCAAAAAAAAAAUGCCACAUGGCAAAAUCUAUUUGGCCACAUGGCAAAAAAGGCAAAUGGCAAAAUCCAUUUUGGCACUUCAAAAAAAAUGCCACAUGGCAAAAUCUAUUUUGGCACAUGGCAAAAAAAACACGCCCCAUGGCAAAAAAAAAAAAGAAUUUGCCACAUUUUUUUGCAACAUGGCAAAAAAAAUGCCUCAUGGCAAAAUUAAUUUUGUACAUGGCAAAAAAAAUAACACAUUACAAAAUUGCUUUUGCCACAUGGCAAAAUAGGCUCAUGGCAAAAUCAAUUUUGGCACAUGGCAAAGAAAAUGCCACAUGGCAAAAUCCAUUUUGCCACAUGGCAAUAUCAACUUCGCCAUAUGGCAAAAAAAGGCACAUGGCAAAAUCCAUUUUGACACAUGGCGAAAAAAUGCCACAUGGCAAAAUCCAUUGGGCCAUAUGGGAAAAAAAGGCACAUGGCAAAAUCCAUUUGGCCACAGGGCAAAAAAAAAGGCACAUGGCAAAAUCCAUUUUGGCACAUGGCAAAAAAAUGCCACAUGGCAAAAUCCAUUUUGGCACAUGGCAAAAAAAUGCCACGCAGCAAAAUCCAUUUUGCCUCAUGCCAAAAAAAACACAUGGCAAAAUCCAUUUUACCAAAUGACAAUUAUUAUUUUUUUUUUUUUUUUGCCACAUGGCAAAAAAAUGCCCCAUGGCAAAAUCCAUUUCACCACAUGGCAAAUACCACUUUUGGUUCUCAGCCCUGCAGGAGAGAGAUAUUAGUACGUUUUUUUCACUUGUCUGCAAUUGGGGAAAAAAACAGCGAUUACUAUUGAUAAGUGCUUAGCAUCUUCAAUGCUGUCAAAUUAUAUAGAAAAAAGCUUGUUUGGCUUCAAUGAAGUUAUCAAAUUUCAACUUUUUUUCUGAAUGUGCUUUGUUGAUAUUCCAGUGCGAGAGCGUGCAAUUAACGCUGGACGAUGUAGGCGCUCGUCAACAGGUAGCGCGGGCCAACUGCGAGGUUCUGGAGCAGGAUGUUGGCCAGCUGAAGGAGUGGGUGUCUGGGUUGAGUGCAGAGCGGUCUGAGCUACGGGCCAAAGUUGAGGCGAUCGGCAGCGCCGUGAAUCAGAUUGAGGCCCGCGCCUCUGCCAUCGCCCAGGACUUUGCUAACAAGGUGGCGUCGGUGAGAACUGAUCUACGGCGCAUGGACGGCCUGCGCUCUGAGCUGGAGACCCUCCUGGCGCAGUUGUCGGAACUAGAGGAGCGGGCGUCCCGGACUGAGCGCACUACGGUGAGUCGCAUUGGCGACGUGCUUGCCGGGAGCAUCGAACGCGUCGCCGAGCUCCGCGCUGCAUCCGAGCGCAACGUGCGGUCCCUGGAACGGCUAGGGCGCCGUCUCACCGACCUGGAUGCUGCCGACCGGAGCGCCUCGGAACGGCUGCGGGAGCUGGAGGGCGGCCGAGCCCGUCUCGUCCGCACGGUCAGCUUCGCCUCAGACCUCAAACCCAAAGUGGCUGCCGUCAAGAGGGACUUCGGGGCGAUGGAGCCCCGCCUGGCCGACCUCACCUUCCGCAUAGGGAGUUUAGCUGAGGAACUCGGGAAGAGGGAGGAGGACAUUGAAAAGCUCCGACACACAUUGGACGACUUCAGAUCUGCAGAACCGGACGUAAGUGUCGCAGCUGAACAGAAAUCGGUUUUAGCGGAAUUCCAAGACACGCCAUCAAAUAAGACUUCAAGUUCAGCAACUGCAGGUGUAUGAUCAUAAGUGACUCUAGAACUACCUAUAAUGAAGAAUUUUUACAUUCUGUUUCUAUAUACAGUGGGGAAAAUAAGUAUUUAGUCAACCACUAAUUGUGCAAGUUCUUCCACUUGAAAAUAUUAGAGAGGCCUGUAAUUGUCAACAUGGGUAAACCUCAACCAUGAGAGACAGAAUGUGGAAAAAAAAAACAGAAAAUGACAUUGUUUGAUUUUUAAAGAAUUUAUUUGCAAAUCAUUGUUUUGGUCAAUACAAAAAGUUCAUCUCAAUACUUUGUUAUGUCCCCUUUGUUGGCAAUAACGGAGGCCAAAAGUUUUCUGUAACUCUUCACAAGCUUUUCACACACUUUUGCUGGUAUUUUGGCCCAUUCCUCCAUGAAGAUCUCCUCUAGAGCAGUGAUGUUUUGGGGCUGUCGUUGAGCAACACGUACUUUCAACUCCCUCCACAGAUUUUCUAUGGGGUUGAGAUCGGGAGACUGGCUAGGCCACUCCAGGGCCUUGAAAUGCUUCUUACGAAGCCACUCCUUUGUUGCCCUGGCUGUGUGUUUGGGAUCAUUGCCAUGCUGAAACACCCAGCCAUGUUUCAUCUUCAAUGCCCUUGCUGAUGGAAGAUUUUCAUUCAAAAUCUCUCGAUACAUGGCCCCAUUCAUUCUUUCCUUUACACCAACCAGUCGUCCUGGUCCAUUUGCAAAAAAACAGCCCCAAAGCAUGAUGUUUCCACCCCCAUGCUUCACAGUGGGUAUGGUGUUCGUCGGAUGCAAUUCAGUAUUCUUUCUCCUGCAAACACGAGAACCUGUGUUUCUACCAAAAAAUUCUAUUUUCGUUUCAUCUGACCAUAACACAUUCCCACAGUCCUCUUCUGGAUCAUCCAAAUGCUCUCUAGCGAACCGCAGACGGGCCUGGACGUGUACUGGCUUCAUCAGGGGGACAUGUCUGGCAAUGCAGGAUUUGAGUCCCUGGCAGCGCAUUGUGUUACUGAUAGUAGCCUUUGUUACUGUGGUCCCAGCUCUCUGUAGGUCAUUCACUAGGUCCCCCUGUGUGGUUCUGGGAUUUUUGCUCACCAUUCUUAUCAUUUUGACGCCACGGGGUGAGAUCUUGCAUGGAGCCCCAGAUUGAGGGAGAUUAUCAGUAGUCUUGUAUGUCUUCCAUUGUCUAAUAAUUGAUCCCACAGUUGAUUUCUUUACACCAAGCGUUUUACCUAUUGCAGAUUCAGUCUUCCCAGCCUGGUGCAGGUCUACAAUGUUGUCUCUGGUGUCCUUCGACAGCUUUUUGGCCUUGGCCAUAGUGGAGUCUGGAGUGUGACUGACUGAGGUUGUGGUCAGGGGUCUUUUAUACAGAUAAUGAGUUAAAAUAGGUGCCAUUAAUGUAGGUAACGAGCGGAGCCUCGUUAGACCUCUCUUUGACAGCCAGAAAUCUUGUUUGUAGGUGACCAAAUACUAAUUUUCCACUCUUAUUUGGAAAUGAAUUAUUUAAAAAAAUCAAACAAUGUGAUUUUCUGUUUUUUUUCCCCACAUUCUGUCUCUCAUGGUUGAGGUUUACCCAUGUUGACAAUUACAGGCCUCGCUAAUCUUUUCAAGUAGGAGAACUUGCACAAUUGGUGGUUGACUAAAUACUUAUUUGCCACAUUGUAGUGCCAGGAAAUGAUAGCUUUCUCUACUUGUGGUUCCUGGAAGUCAAAGAUAAUUCUUCACAUUUUAACUUAUUUGUUGGCAUGAAAACAUGACACCUGGAGGUCAAGAGUUUUUAUUGUCAAAUAAAAAAAGGAGUAAACCACGGAGUGCCCAGAGAGAGCUUGUUGCUUUUGACUUAAAAAAAAAAAAAACUAAAUAUUUUUGGUGCAGGCAGGAAGUUUACAAAAGUAAGCUUAACUAACAGUGCAUAUGAGUGUUGAUUUCACAGCUCAGCAGUCCAGUUCCUCCAUCUUGUCUUGUCCUUCCCGCAACUUCAAGUCAGUGACGGAGAAAAAAAGUGUUUCGUUGUUUUUUAUUCUUCUUGCGUUUGGCCAGCAGCUCCUUGAGAUAAUUCCGCCAGCGUGCGGGCGUACUCACCUAGAGCCGCCCGCAUGGAAGCGAUGGCUUGUCGCUGCUCCUCCAGCUCGGCGGCGUGCUCUUCGGCCGCCGUGGCCGCCAGCCUUUCCAGCUCCUCCAGCCGCCCGACUGUCAGCGAGUCAGCAGCAGCUAGCGAGUCCUGCACCCCCUCCACAACCGUGACGCUGGCUUUCAACGCCGCCAGGUUUUCGCUCAGCGCCUUCAUCUCCUUCCCCGGGACUCCAGACCCCGCUAGGUCGCUUUCACGGGUGUCCAGCUGGGAAAGGAGCGACUCUACCUUGGCAGUGAUGGAAUCAGAGCUCUCCUCUGAAGCUCUGAUCCGGCCUUCUAUGUCUUCAACUCUUUUCUGUGUCUGCGCAUUGACCUCAUUGAGCUUGCUCUCCAUGUCACGGGCCUUCUCAGAUGCCCGCUCCAAGCCGCUUUCCAGAGUCCCUGUUCGGUCCCCGAGGGCUUGGACUUGCGCCUCGGCGCCGGACACGGACAGCUUGAGGUUUCCCACCGUGUCUUGCACCAGCGACCUGACGGAUUCCACUUCCUGGGAGAUGGACUCUACUUCCUGGCUGCGUGUUUGAAGCUCCUCCCUCACUUUUUGGAUCUGCUCCCGGACAGACGCAGCCAUCGAGUCUGCGUCCUGCUUGGCCACCUUGAUCUCGGCCACCGCGUCAACGAUGGCGGCCAGCUCUAGCUUGACAGCGGCCGGGUCUUCGAUGCCGCCCAGUCGGGCCUCCAGAUCAGCCAACUGGUUGCGGGCCUCGCCCUGUGCCUCGGUGAAUUCAGCCACGCUGGCACGCACCGAGCGGCUCACCUCCUCCAGACGCUGCUCCACCGUCGUCUCAAGGGAAGAGAAGUCACGCUCGCGGGCCUCCUUUACUUCACCCAUGCCCUCUGAGAGCUCCCGGAGGAGGUCGUUCUGAAGCUUUUGAAGGGUUUCCUCCACUCGCCUGGUCUCCUCCUCGCCCCGUGCGAUCCUGGUCAAGGCGCCCUCCACCUCUGCACGGGUUGCACCAAAUGAUGACUCCAGACUGGCCAUUGCACCUUUCAGAGAUGCCACCUGGUAUUAGAGAGAACCCAAUCAUUAAAAAAGGCAUUUUAAAAUAGGCACUUUGGCCUGAUUUUCACUCCAGGUUAAUGUGGCACCAAGAGAAGGCCCUAGAACUUUUAAGAACAACCCUUGCAAAAACUUGGCCAAAGUUUGACUUGGCCAGUGUACAGUGGUAUGAAAAGUAUCUGAACCGUUUCUGCAUAAAAUCAAAUGUGAUCCAAUCUGGAGAGAGUUUGGCACUGUUGCUUCUCUCCCAAGGAGUGGCCGCCACCAAAGAUGACGCCAAGAGUUCAGCGCAGAAUCCUCAAAGAGGUAAAAAAGAACCCUAGAGUGUCUUCUAAAGACUUACAGAAAUCUCUGGCACAGUCCAGUAUCUAUGUGCCUACAUCAACUAUAUGUUAAACUGUGGCCAAGAAUGGUGUUCAUGUGAGGACUCCACGGAGGAAGCCACUUCUGUCUAAAAAAAACAUUGUUGCUUGUUUAAUGUUUGCAAAAAAGGGACUUGGACACUCCACAGAAGUUUUGGGAAAAUAUUUUGUGGACUGAUGAAACCAAAGUUGAAUUGUUUGGGAGUAACACACAACGUCACAUGUUGAGGAAAAAUGGAACAGCUCACCAACAUCAACGCUUCAUCCCCACCAUGAAGCAUGGCGGAGGGAGCUUCAUGAUUUGGGGCUGUUUUGCUACCUGAGGGCCUGGACAACUUGCAGUCAUUAAUGAAAGAAUGAAUUAAAAAGUUUUAGUUUUGCAGGAAAACCUGUCAGACAGUUGAAGCUAAAAAGAAGAUGAAUGCUGCAACAAGACAUUGAUCCAAAACACAGAAGUAAAUCAACUUCAGAAUGGUUUCAGAAGAACAAAAUGCACGUUCUGGAGUGGCCAAGUCAAAGUCCAGACCUGAACCUCAUUGAGAUGCUGUAGCAUGACUUAAAGACAGUGAUUCAUGCCAGACAUCCCAGGAAUCUGACUGAACUACAGCAGUUUUGUAGAAAAGAAUGGGCGGAGGAAGCCACGUUUAAUGUUCACAAAUAGGCACUUGGACACUCCGCAGACGUUUUGACAAAAUAUUUUGUGGACUGAUGAAACUGAAGUUGAAUUAUUUGGGAGUAACACACAACGUCGUGUGUUGAGGAAAAAUGAAACCGCUCACCAACAUCAACACCUUCCCACUGUGAAGCAUGGGGGAGGGAGCAUCAUGAUUUGGGGCUGUUUUGCUCCCUCAGGGCCUGGACAACUUGCAAUCAUUAAUGGAAGAAUGAAUUCAAAAUUUUUGCAGGAAAACCUGAGGCAGUCUGUCAGAACGUUGGAGCUAAAAUAGGAUGAAUGUUACAACAAGACAAUGAUCCAAAACACAGACUUGAACCCCAUUGAGAAGCUGUGGCAUGACCGAAAGACAGCGAUUCGUGCCAGACAUCCCAGGAAUCUGACUGAACUACAGCAGUUUUGUAAAGAAUGUGCCAAGAUUAGUCCUGAUCGAUGUGCCUGACUUAUACGCAGCUACAGGAAGCGUCUGGUUGAAGUUAUUGCUGCCAAAGGGUUUUCCGAAAUUUCCAGGUUUGCGGUGAAUCAGUAACAGGCUCACUU